AUGGCUGUCCUUGCCCCCGAAAUGCGAAAUGGCCUCGAUCCCGUCGCCGUCAACGGCGUACCGACUACCACCUAUGUCAACGGACACAGCAAUCUAGCCCAUCGCUUCAGAUUGGACCGCAAGGCCUCAAGCCCCAUGAUGCCCGCCUUCAUGGUCUCGGCGCCUGGCAAGGUCAUUGUUUUCGGCGAGCACGCUGUCGUUCACGGCAAGGCCGCUAUCGCCGCCGCUAUUUCUCUUCGAUCCUACCUGCUCGUCACAUCACUGUCCAAGUCAAGGCGAACAGUCUCCUUGCGCUUCCCAGACAUCGACCUGCAUCACACAUGGAACAUCGACGACCUCCCCUGGGCAAUUUUCCAACACCCCUCCAAGAAGAAGUCCUACUAUGAUCUGGUGACAGAGCUUGAUAAAGACCUUGUGGCAGCCAUACAACCGCAUCUCGCCAACGUCUCGCCAAACAAGCCUGAUGAAGUACGGAAAGUACACCAAAACUCCGCGUCAGCGUUUCUCUACAUUUUCCUCUCGCUUGGUCACCAGUCGUUCACCGGGUGCCUGUACACUUUGAGAUCUACAAUUCCCAUCGGCGCAGGUCUGGGUAGCAGCGCGUCCAUUGCAGUCUGCUUGGCGGCUGCUCUUCUCCUACAACUGCGCACCUUGUCGGGCCCACAUCCCGAUCAACCCCCUGACGAGGCAAGGCUGCAAGUGGAGAGAAUCAACAGAUGGGCUUUUGUAUGCGAAAUGUGCAUACACGGCAACCCUUCAGGCGUGGACAACACUGUCGCGACCCAGGGUAAGGCCGUGGUUUUCCAACGGACAGACUACAACAAGCCUCCCGCUGUUCGGCCUCUUUGGGAUUUCCCAGAGCUCCCACUGUUGCUUGUCGACACCAAGCAAGCCAAGUCAACGGCUUUCGAGGUUGCAAAGGUUGCAAAGCUUAAGAGCGGACACCCGAAACUUGUUGGAAGCAUUCUGGACGCCAUUGACAAGGUCACAAAUACUGCGGACGGCCUCAUUGGCGCCGAGAAGUUCGACAACAAGAGCGAAGAAAGUUUGCAGCAAGUAGGAGAGCUCAUGACCAUUAAUCAUGGCCUCCUUGUCUCUUUGGGAGUGUCGCACCCGCGCCUUGAGCGUAUACGAGAGUUGGUGGACCAUGAGGGGAUCGGAUGGACGAAGCUGACAGGUGCUGGUGGCGGCGGUUGCUCCAUCACCUUGCUGAAGCCUGAUGUUCCUAAGGAGAAACUCGGUCAUUUGGAGAGCCAGCUUGAAGAGGAAGGCUAUGAAAAGUUCGAGACAACACUCGGCGGUGACGGCGUCGGCGUGCUGUGGCCCGCCGUCCUCAAGAAUGGCAUGGACGAGGACAGCGAAGGUGGCAUGGAGAUUGACGUCGAUAGCUUCUUGAACGCCGAUGGCAACGAAGGCGUGGAGAAGCUGGUCGGUGUCCACGGUGGCGUUGGGGAAAGAGAGGGUUGGAAGUUCUGGAGAGUGGAAAGUCGGUGA